AUGGACACGAGACUGAAAUAUAAGGAAUAUAUGGCGAGGGCCGCGUCCAAGGGCCUGGAGGUAGCGAUGGAGCUUCGGCGACUUCGCGGCCUUUCCUUAGCAACGGCGCGGCAGUUAUUUACAUCAACGGUGGCGCUAAUACACGCGUGUAAGGACAAGGCCAUGGGGCCGAUCAAUCGAGCCCAAAGAGUUAGAGCACAAGCCAUUAUGGGGAUAUUCCUUAUAGUCGCGACCAGUGUAGCGGAGGCGGAGGCCCAUAUUACCACCGCGCGGAACCGCUUCUAG